AAUAAUAAUAAUAAUAAUAAUCUAUCAUGUAUACAAUGUAAUAUAAAUAAUCAUAUUAAAAUUUUAUUAACAAUUCAUAAUGAAAAUAUACUUUUAUGUGGAACAAUAAAUCAAGGUACAUGUCAAAUAUUAGAUCAAAAUUUAAAUCUUAUUAUUAAUUCAUCAUUACCAAUUGUUGCUAAUGAUCCAAUAAAUAGUACAAUAUCAUUAAUAAUACCAGAAAAAAAUUUAAUUUAUUUUGGUGUUACAUAUACAAAUGAAGGUACAUAUCGUUGGCAAAUACCAAAUAUAUCAGGACGAUCAUUAAAUAUAUCUCGUUUUAUGAAAAUUUUAUCAACAAAUGAUGAUGAAAAUAUAUCACGUGAUGAUUUAUCAUUACGUUUUAUGUCAAGACAACAAACAAGAUUUAUUGUUCAAUAUAUAUAUUCAUUUUAUACAAAUAAUUAUAUUUAUUUUAUAACAAAUCAACCAAAUGAUAUUGAACAAAAAUAUUUUCUUACAAAAAUUAUACGUUUUUGUCGUAAUAAUUCAUAUUCAAUUAUACGUACAUAUAUUGAAAUACCAUUAAUAUGUGUUAAUUCUGAAUGGAUUAUAAAAACAGCUGAAAUUUUUUUAAAUAAUAAUAAUGAAAAAAUUUUAAUUGGACAUUUUACUAGAAAAGAUGGUAGUGGAGGUACAAAUAUUUGUUUAUGGAAUAUUCAAAAUGAUAUUGAUCGAGCUUUUGAAAAUAAUUAUCGUACAUGUUAUUCAAUGGGUAUUGGAAAACGAGGUUUAGCAUUUAUUAAACCAAAUGAACCAUGUAGAAAAGAUGAAAGUUGGUCAAUACCAAUUAAUAAUGAUAAUCUUUGUCCUUGGAUAAUUAAUGAUCGUUUACCAUAUCCAAUUGGUGGUACAACACCAGCUAUUGGUCAUUUAUUUUAUGAAAAUUUACUAGAAAGUUCUAGUGCAUUACAUAUAUAUUCAUUUGGUUUAUCAAAUCUUAUUUUUCAAGGUUUAACUAAUGGUACUUUUAAGUUAGGUCUAUUCGAUUUUGGAGUUAAUAUAAAUUGGUUUUAUUCAUAUCAAUUAUCUUCACAAUCAUCAAUACUUUCAAAUGUUAUUUUUGAUAACAAAACUCAAACAUUUUUUUUAGCUUCAGAAUCAAAGAUCUAUCGUAUAUCAUUUUCGGGUGACUGUACAUCACGUUUGUCAUGUGACGAGUGUUUAUCUUCAUCAAAUAAUCCUUUAUGUGGUUGGUGUACAUUGAAUCAACGAUGUACAUUGGUUGAUAAUUGUCCUUUGAAUUCAUGGCAACAAGAGAGUAAUCAAUGUACACAUAUUGUUAAUGUUCAACCAUUGAGAGCUUCAAUUGACAAUAGUCAAUGGAUUAAUCUAACUUUAACGAAAUUACCACAAUUAGAACAUAAUGAAAUCUAUCAAUGUAUUUUUAUGGAUACAACAAUAUCGGCAAAUACACAAGCAAUUAAAUUAGAUCAUAAUCGUCUUUCGUGUCCCACGCCAUCAAAAAAUAUUCAUAUUCAUAAAGGUAAGAGAUUAUAUCGAUUAAUAUGUAUAUAUAUAUAUACAAAUAUCCAUUGAUUACCGAGAGAGAGAGAAAAAAAAUGUCAAUUAGAUUUUUUAUCUUGAUAAUCUUUUUAAUUUGUAUACAAAUAAUCAUAAGAAUGUAUUUUGAAAAUCAACUGAUUAUUUGUGAAAGAAAAAUGGUUAUUUUUUUGUUUAUCUGAUUAUAAGAUAAGAUAGAAAGUUAAUAUUUAAAUGAUAUAUGUAUAAAGAUUUUGAAUUAAAAAGUUUGUCUGAUUUGUAAUCCUAUUGAAAUAGGUUUUUUCUACUGUUUGAUUAUAUAUUUAUUAUAUUGUAUGUAGAAUAUAAUGACUUGAAUUGGAUAUAAUUAUAUGUUGUCACAGUUUACUUUCGUUUUGACCUGUUUAUGUCUUUAUCUUUCUUUUAAAAAUUUCGACAUUGAAAUCUCAAUAAGUUUCCUUUCUAAAAUUGAUUCAUCUUUUGUCGGAUUCUCUUAUCAAUUUCUUUCUGAAGAUUAUUAUUGUUGAUAGACAUUUAGAAUAUCUCUUUUUUUUUCUUUCUAUUGAACAGCAGGAGAUAAAAGAUAAUUAACAUUAAAGAAACAUAUUACCUUUGACAUUGUUCUUCUAAUGUAUAUUCUUCUACUUGAACAAUUCUUAUUGUAUUAAUUUUGUGUGAACUUAGUGUGUGAUGAUAGUGAUGAUAUUCAUAUUUAUGAUAUUUGUGUUCAAUUCUUAGGAUGACCUAUGUUAAAUAGACCGUGACGCAACUACCAUAGGCGAUGGUCUCUGAUUCAGUUAGGGACAUAUUAUUUGUCCCUAACUUCAAAGAAACAUCAAAGGCGCGGUAGUAUGGUUAAGAGCAAUCAAUACCACGUCGGGAGCAAAUCCCUAUGAAGAAAUACCUUCCGGUUCAUCUCAUAUUCAACUUGUUCCUUAAAAUUUUUUCUUCACUCGUGCCGUGUUUAACGAGGGGAAAUUUCCAA